AUGGAAGAAAAUAAAAAGCUAAUAGGUUCAUCCACAACUGACUUUACAAUAAUAAAAGAAUUAGGAAGAGGCUCUUAUGGAGUUGUUUAUAAAGUUUUUUCUAAUAUAAAUAAAAAAGAAUAUGUACUCAAAAAAAUUAAUAUUAAACACAUGAAAUAAAAGCAUUAAACUGAAGCCUUAAAGGAAGCUUAAAUUUUAAGAAAAGUUAAAAAUGAUAAUAUUAUUAGGUAUUAUACUUCUUUUGUUGAAAAUUAUUGUUUAUAUAUUGUUAUGGAAUAUGCUGAUGGAGGUGAUCUUCAAUAAGUAAGUAAUUUUUUUAUUAAAUAAAUAUAAUUUUUUAAAAAGCUUUUAAGAGAUAAAAGAGAAAAAAAGAAAUGUUUUAGUGAGUCAUAAAUUUGGGAAUUUGCUUAAGAUUUAAUAAAAGCAGUUGAUUAUUUACAUAGAAAUAAUAUUAUUCAUAGAGAUAUAAAAACUUUAAACAUAUUUUUAACUAAAGAUAAUAAAAUUAAAUUAGGAGAUUUAGGUGUGUCAAAAAUUAUUUCAAGUUAAGCUGCUUUGCAAGGAACAAGGGUAGGAACUCCUUUAUACCUUUCUCCGGAGUUAGUAAAAUAGUAACCUUACGAUUUGAAAGUUGAUAUAUGGGCAAUAGGUGUAGUAUUAUAUCAUAUAAGUGCAUUAGAACCACCGUUUUAAGGAGAAAAUUUAAUAGCAUUAGGAUAUAGUAUAUUUUAUAAAUAAAAUGUUAGAAAAAAAUCCAACAUUAAGACCAAGAGCAUGUGA